CUGGUCGAGACGGUUAUGUAAAGUGAUGGGAGUAUGAAGGGAGAACUGUGAUAAAAAGGUCGUUUUCUCUUACCAUAUGAUUAACAAAAACACUAUCAAGAAUACCGUGUCUGUUUUAAUCCUUUUUUAUCAUUACGAGAUGCAACACAACACAAGGGAUGUAAUAAUUCUGUGUUUUUCUGACUGAAGGAAGUUUUUUUUCCUUGUUUCCGAAUAAAUUAUCUGAGUAUUUGUCGAUAUACAUGAUUUGACCUUUACCAUCAUCAUGCUAUCAGUCCUUGUCUCCCCCCUCCCCCCUCUCUUGGCCCUCUUCCUGUCCCAGCCCUCUCUUACUGCCGGUUCUCUCUCACUGCUACACCGUUCGCCGCCUAAGUUGCGUGUUUGGCCUUCGCUCAGUGAGUGGUGGAGGCGGAGUUGGGUCGGUCGUGCUCUAUCUAGAACCUGUGCUGUGUCGAGGACCUGUGCUGUGUCUAGAACCUGUGCUGUGUCGAGGACCUGUGCUGUGUCGAGGACCUGUGCUGUGUCUAGAACCUGUGCUGUGUCGGGGACCUGUACAAUGGAUUAUAGACCUGCAAUGUGAUCAAUGACCUGUACAGUAGACCAAACCUUCUCAGAGGACAGACUUAAAAAAAAUUAUCAUUCUGAAUAUAUCUUUCCCUUCCUCUCUGUUGAGUCUAGUGUUGUACUGAUGGAUCUGUCAUGGAGAAUACUAUUUAAGAUGGCGAGCAUCGAGGUGUCGCUGGGGUGGAAGCGUCGACGGGAGGCACUGUUGGAGACACUGCCCAGGGCAGCCCGGGACUUGGUGCGGGAGCUGGACGCCCUCCACCAGGCCCUCAGGGACAAGGACACAGUCAUACAGUCACUGAAGACCCAGAUUACCAAUUUGGGUGGGACUGUGGGUGGCAGUGGUGAAGGUGGUGGCGUGAUCUCAGAGACAGAGCGUCGCAGCAUCCAGGAUCGGCUCAACAAAGUGCAGGGGGAAAUGGAUGCCAAGAAGGUUGCUAUAAAAAAUCUGAAACUUGCCUUGGAAAAGAUUGAUAUCACUGACAACAUCGACGUCAGGAUCCGUGCUGCUGAACUUGAGUAUGAGCUGGAACGAGAAGAGCUCAACAUUCUUAACCUGAAGGAGGAAUCUUCAGUUCUCAAUGCUCGUCUUCAGGAUAGUCCCUCAUCUUCUACUUCCAACGGAACCCCUGGGUCACAGUCCUCACUGUAUGCCCUCUUGACCUCCACAGGAGGAGGUGCUGCUUUAGGAGGGGCAACAUUGAUGAGUGUUUGCAUCCCUCAUACACCGGGGAAUCCACCUUUCCAUGUCACACCUCGACCACCUCUUGGCUGUGUCAUAGACUGGGCUACAGAUGAUACCAGAUUAAAAAAGGGUGACAGGCUGUUGGAGGUGAAUGGGGAAAAUGUAGUGGGUCGUGCCCUGGAGCUGGUAACCAGACUGAUGGGUUCAGCCCCUCACCUCACCCUGGUCAUCGCCAGGCCCACCACUGGCACUGGUGGACGUAGGGCAGAAGGACGCUUGGAGAAACAGCUUGAGGACAGGGCACGUGAGAUCAAGGAUUUGGUGGCUAGACUUGACAAAGCCCUAAAGGAUAAAGAUACUCUCAAGAGUGACAACACGAGACUCAACCAUCGCAUCGGCUAUCUGGAGGAACAAGUAUCAGACCUGCAGUCAACCCUCAACCGCACCCGAGAAGCUGCCCUCAACCACACAAAUGGGGAGGCCAUUGUCACCACCUCACAGCCGGGGGCUACUGUUAUCCAGGUGUUCCAGAAGGGUGACCAAAAGUUAGCAGUAGCAAGCCCUGAAGUAGGGAGUGGAGAGGUGGAGAGGGCUCAACAGUACCCUACUCUGCCUAGGUUGAGGUCCCCUGACUCUUCAAUAUCUUCUCCAAGUUCCUCCCAGUCUGACUCGCACGACCGUCAUACCCUGGGCCAAGUCGGCUCCUCAAGACCCACAUCUGCAUCUGAUUAUCGCAGACGGAUCUUGUCUCCUCGACCAGACUCCAAGAAUGAGGACUCUCGGCCACCAUCUCGUACAAAACCUGUACCACCUAAAAAACCUGAGCGGCUCAGCCUUCAGAGGACAACGAGUCUCCAAAGUGUGGAAGAAGGAUCGGCAACCUCUCGCUCUUCUACCACCGGUCCCUGUAAUUCCCGCUACAGUGCUCUCCAGACUUGGCCAUCACUGGACACUGAUAUCCAUUGCCGGGACAAUGAUCUUCAGUCUCAGACAAUAUAUGAGCGUGGUCAUGAGAGGCCAAACCACCAUAGCCAUGAAAACAUCUAUGACAGACCUCAAGAAAGAACACAUUAUACUUCACAAGGACAUGACCAUUACUCCUCUAGAUCCCAAGGGGAUGGCAGUGUCCGCAUGAUUAUCAGUGGAAGUCCUGUGUCGGCUGAAGGUCUGAGUAGGCGUCCUAGUCCUCAAGGUGCAGCAUCCACACCUAUAAAUGAGAGAGUGUCUCAUCUGGGCAUCCACAGAGCUCACUCUCCAGAUGCUGCUCUACAUCUGGAUUGCAAUCAACCUGGUGAAAAUGAGCAGGAUGUGUUUCGAGCAGAAAUAUACAACCAUGUCGGUAUGACUACCACCCACUUUACUUCUUCACAUUCACACCACCAUCAACACAACCACAACCACCACCAGCAUUCUACCCACCAUAAUCACUACUCUUUGCACACCUCACACACACCUGUUCCAACAUCAAGAAGUUCUACGCUUAGUGUUGCAACAAGUCCACGACCACAUGAACAGUGGUGCUGAAGAAACUGUCCGUUUUUCAUCAUUCUGAAAACGUCUCUUCAAACUGGACCAGUAUCCAGACCUUCACACAGUGUGUGUGGUAUAAUGAUCUUCACAGUCUAAACCAUUUGUGUCUGCAACAAAAGUCAUGUGAAGAUAUAUAAAAGUUUGCAAUGAAAAAAGGUUCCUGGAUCAAACUUAGUAGAAAAUGUUUAUCAUACUUACAAAUGUUCAAAGAAUUUAUAUUAAUAUACAGAUUAAGAGGCUGUUUCCUCAAUAAUUUAUAGCAGUGAUAAAAAUUGAACAGUGACUUCUAUUCCGAACUGUGUCCAGACCAAACAAGGUAUUCCAGUGAUCUCAUUCAAACUAAAUAAUACAGUUUAGUGCAGAUGUGAGACUACUGUACUGUGUGUCCUUAAAGUUAAAGGUGCCAGGAUGUUAUAAGUUGUAUACAUUUUUAAAUAUUCUCGUCCACAUGUAAAUCUGAAAACUGAUGUAAACAUGCUUGUAUUUUGUACUACAAGGCCCUGGCUGUAAAUACCUCAUUGUGAAAACUGAAAGGAAAAUUGUUCCUGCAGUCUUCAUUGUAUUUUAUAUUAUGUUAAAUGUAUUGUAAAUAUAUAUUUUUUGUGUAAUUACAUUUCAAUAAAGACCAUCAUGUUUUAAGAGAAUAA